AUGCAUAGUUAUUGUUUCGAAGCAGUGGACAACACCAUGAGAUCUAUCUUACAGUCGGACGAACCUUUUGGUGGUAAGGUGGUCGUUCUUGGAGGUGAUUUUAGGCAAAUUUUACCGGUUAUUUUAAAACCAUCUAGACAAGAUAUUGUUCAUUCUACAAUCAAGUCAUCACCAUUGUGGAAAAAUUGUAAAGUCCUAACGUUACACAAGAAUAUGAGGCUUCAAUCGUGUGCUUAUUCCUCUACUGUAGAGGAAAUAAAGGAAUUUGCAGAUUGGAUACUAAAAAUUGGUAAUGGUGAGGUUGGAGAGGAAAACGACGGUGAAGCUUCAAUUGAAAUUCCACAUGAUAUGUUAAUUCGUGAUUCCGACGACCCCUUUUCAGAGUUGUUGCAGUUUGUUUAUCCAGAUUUCUUAAGUAAUAUUUUCGCUCCAGAUUACUUCCAAGGUAGAGCAAUACUUGGACCGACUAAUGAAAGUGUGGAUUUUAUUAAUGAUUAUUUGUCGUCACUCAUCCCUGGAGAAGAGAAGGAAUAUUUGAGCUCAAAUAGUAUUUGCAAAGAUGAGGCAACUACUAAAGUUAACGCGGAAAUUUAUUCUGCAGAAUUCCUCAAUAACAUAAAAUGCUCCGGACUUCCUUCACAUAAGUUGAUAUUAAAAGUUGGGGUUCCGGUUAUGCUCAUAAGAAAUAUUGAUCAAACUAGAGAAUUGUGCAAUGGAACUAGGCUUCAAGUUACUCAAAUGGGAACCCACGUUAUUAACUGUAAGAUUCCUUCUGGUAAGCAUGUUGGUGAUAUGGUAUUCAUUCCGCGAAUGACUUUGAUACUUUCAAAUUGCACAUUGCCAAUCAAAUUUCAACGACGGCAAUUUCCGGUGAUUGUUUCAUUUGGCAUGACGAUUAACAAAAGUCAAGGACAAACACUUUCACAUGUCGGACUAUACCUUCCACGGCCUGUUUUCAGCCACGAACAAUUAUAUGUGGCAUUGUCUAGAGUAAAAAGUAGGUAUGGCAUAAAGAUACUCAUCAACUCUGAAUCGGGUGAACUGUGCAAUGUCACUAAUAAUGUUGUGUACAAAGAAGUGUUUCAACGAAUUUGA